CUUUUUAAGAAAUACAAAACACAAAACACAAUAUAUAAUGAGCUUAUUACCUAUUGAAAAGAUUAAUACAGCAUCGCCAAAAGUGUUUGUUGAGGCUGUCAACACCUUAUUCGAAGUUGCCCCACCAUUGGCUCAGAAACUGUUAUCAGCCCGACCCUUUGAAAGCUAUAGUCAGUUGAUCGACUAUGCAGAGUCGCUCUGUCUUGGCUCGACGUUUAGCGAACAAGAAAAGCUUGACAUUAUUAAUGCACACCCUCGUAUUGGAGAAAACAAAACAAACCUAUCGGCCAUGUCACUCAAAGAGCAAGGCUACAGCCCUCAGUCAACUCUAUCUGCUGAAGAUCAACAAGUAAACGACACUCUUGCCAAACUCAACAAGGCGUAUGAAGAUAAAUACGGUUUCAAAUUUGUGGUGUUUGUUGCCGGUCGUCCUCGCUCUCAGAUCAUUCCAGUAGUUCAGGAACGUAUUGCAGCCAAUGAUCGAUCCAAGGAACUGGAGACUGGUUUGACAGACAUGAUGCUUAUUGCACGCGAUCGUCUCAAGAAAUCUACAAAUGAAAACAAGCUCUAAAAAUCAUAUGAAAUUAAAUUAAACUAAAUUAAGCUAUUAUUUUAUUUUAUUUUGAAACAAAUAAAUAAAAUGCCAAGUGGCUUUUCAAGCACCC